AUGGAUGCUCUAGUCCCCAACCUUCAAGUCAAGGUCGCAUCAUUGACGAAAAAUGUGAACAAAUUCGUCAAGAACAAAGAUGUCAUUGAUGGCACCAACGAAAUCCAGAAACUCGUUCGCGCUGCUAGCGUCAAGAUCAACGCUCCCGAGCUACUAAGCGUUGCGGUUACGAGUCUAAAAUUGGGUGAAAUUGCUGGCAUCUUCCAUUUGACCCCGGUUGCCCCGGAUCCAGGUGAACCGUCCCUUGGGCAGGCCGAAAUAGUUCAUGCCCCAAAUUAUUUGAUCCCAAUCUUGAGUGACUAUGACCUAGUCACGAAUAGUUCGCCCGCGAGCGAGACGUAA